UUAAAUCAGACUUUGUUGAACUUUAUUCAGGUAGUUGUCUGUUGGCAGAGUUCGCACAAAACCUCAAGGAAAGCAUCUGUUCCUGUAAUUCUACCUGAGUGCCAUUAAAAGGGUUGACUUAUUUCCGAUUGAUUAGGUAUCAAUGGAUUUUUGGUGUAAUUCGUUCAACUUUUAAACCUAAAACUAACGGAGGUUGAGACUGUACACGUAUUCAGAUAGCCAACUGUAAAAUUGACUAGAAUCCCUCCUAUAAUUCCAUUAAAUUUAUUACAAAUUUAUGAUUUCCUUAUAAAAGAUAUUUUAGCUUCUUACUUGGUGAGUAGCACAUUUUAGUGAUACAGGCUCAACUAAUUUUAAGCAGUUACGUGUUAUGCAAUUCAUAAGUAUGUUUUCAGAAGGUUAUUUACAGUUUAAAGUUUGAAAAUAAUUGUGUGGAUGACGUAAAGCAAUGUUUUCCUUGUGAGAUAAAUAUUUACGCGUCCUGUGUGUGUCAAAUCACAGUUCGUAAUCAUAAUUAAGGAGCUGCACCUCACGUAACCGGUAGUUGACCAGUGGACUUGUUCGCUUAAAUAUUUGUUCCAUUGUUCUCAGAACUUCCCUGCUCUUCGUUCUGGACUCUAUGUAUCUUACCACGUUACAUAAACCUACAUACAUUUGACUGGACCAUUCGUGAUGAUGAUGGUUCUACUAACGCUUGCUCUGGAAGUGCAUAAAUCUGCACACAACAGAUUUUAGCCAUCAUUGUAGUCUGGAACACGGUGAAGUGAGCUUGUGCUUUGAUGUGGGAUGAAAAACAUCCAGAACCCUUUCGACAUCUUCUGACAUUCAAGGACGUAGAGAGCACUUUUAGCCUCAAGGUCUCUGUGCUAUUUAUAUAAUCGUCGUGGUACUUCUUCAAGGGCUUGCAUACCCCGAGUACAACUUCAAAUCACGUUACUACGAAUUUCUUCUGGAUACAAAAAAAUUAAACUGGUUCAAUUUUGAUAUUGAAUUUCUUGACUUUAAUAAUUAAGUGCCAAGCGUGGGCAGAGUAAAUACAUGUGCAUACGUAUAAACCUGCAUGAGUUGUGGGUUUUGUGAAGGACUGGAUAACUGAAAACAGGGGUACUUUGCAAAUUCAUCGCAUAAAGAGAACAAAGACAUGGAAGAGUCUACAUCCUGGUCCAUUACCAACAUUGGGAGAGUUGUUCUCCAGUGGUACUGCUUGACAUGGUUAUCAGUGGUCAACGCCGCGCUUGGGAUGCUGGUGGCGAGUAUUUUCAGACUGCUCUUUUGGAUAUACGACAUUAUAGGCUCCGUAAUCCUGGCUGUCUUAUUUAAAUUCCCAGCAGAAAAAAACCCGCUGCCACCAAUUGGAAAUAGGAAAUUCCUCAGACAAAGCGUGACUGAAAUAGCGGACCAGAUUCGAAGGCGUGAAAUAACUUCAGAAGAAGUUGUGCGAGCAUUUAUCGGACGAAUUGAGGAAGUCAAUAAUCAAAUUACGGCGCUCGUGGACGAGCGUUUCGAUCUGGCCAUAGAGGAGGCGAGAAAAGUGGACAAACUGAUCCAGUCGGGAGAAUAUGACGAAACCGAACUUCAGGACAAAUUUCCCUUGUUGGGCGUUCCCUUCACCAUCAAGGACUCCUUCUGUGUUGCAGGAUUGAAGCACACUGCUGGACUCCACCUUCGGAAAGAGAUCACGGCCCCACAAGACGCCGACGUUGUAAAGUCACUUAAGCGUGUUGGAGCCAUUCCGUUGGGAGUCACGAAUGUGUCUGAGCUCUGCAUGUGGUGGGAAUCUGUUAACACAGUGUACGGAAGGUCAAAAAAUCCCUACGACACGCGACAUAUUACUGGCGGAUCUUCAGGUGGCGAAGGAGCACUUCAAGCCUGUGCUGGGAGUGCAUUUGGUGUGGGGUCAGACAUCGCCGGAUCAAUUAGAAUGCCAUCAUUUUUUUGUGGCCUGUUUGGACACAAGCCUUCGACUGGCUUAAUUUCUAAUUGGGGCCAGGUUCCCGAAACUUUUGGAAGAUUGGCAGAGCUGUUAACCACGGGACCCAUGGUUCGUCACGCUCGAGACAUGCGACUCCUCCUGGACGUUAUGCUGGGAGAUAACAUUAAAAAGAUCAACAAAGUGCCGGAAAUGAAGCAAAUGCGUGUGCUAUACAUGGUCCAUGAUGGUGGCAGCCCUUUAGCCUCUCCUGUCAACGAUGAGAUGCAAGACUGUGUUCGAAGGUGUGUCCAGCAUUUGGAAUAUAAAUACGGAGUUAAGCCACAGAAAGUGAAUAUCAUCAAACUUUAUCACAGUUUGGAGAUUUGGGCUCAAACUUUGUGUGGAGCUGGGGCAGUGCCAUUUUGCGAAGAAUUAGCCUUAAAACAGGGCAAGGUAAAUCCAUUCUUGGAACUCAUUAAGUUCUUCUUCAACGCUUCACCCCACACAUUUCCUGCCAUAGUUUUGGGGCUUGUAGAAAAAGUUGCCUAUGUUGGCACCAAGCUACCAAGACAUCAAAAUAUGAUUGAGAUGGGAAACUCAUUUGUUAAAGAGUUCCAGGAAUUGAUGAGUGACGAUGCCAUUUUCAUUUAUCCUUCACAUCCGACUGCAGCUCCCAGGCACCACGAGCCAUGGUUGGCCCCCGCAGAUUUCUCCUACUGCGGAAUUUUCAACGUCCUAGGAGUUCCGGUGACCCAGGUGCCCAUGGGGUUAGGGUCGAAGGGUCUGCCCAUCGGUGUUCAAGUGGUGGGUGGGAUUAACUCUGAUCAUCUCACAAUUAAAGUAGCCGAGGAGUUGGAAGCAGCCUUCGGAGGAUGGGUGCCACCAAGCUGAGACAGACAGCAUUAGUUGUAUAGUUUUACAUUAGUUUAGUUCACCUGUAAGCGUAAAACUUGUAACCUUUUACAUUAUCCUUAAAAUAUUAAGAUUUCAUAAAUUGUAAAUAGACGUCGUCUGCCAAAUGAAUGAUCGUAGCAACACGUCCGAUAUGCUACAGGGGAAGAAGUGGGAGAAAGUUGCAAUUGCGUGGGGUAAUUUAUGGAGUUGUCGUAUUAAACGGGGGGUAUUUUUGUGAUAUCGCCUCACGCCACAAUUUUUAUAUAGUGAUAAAUAUUAUUGUUGUUCCUGUUACUGCUCAUAAUCUAAAAGGUCCAACAAAUUAUUGUUUGUUGAGCCUUUUGGUCUUAUGAACUACUGCAAUGUAAAAAUUAGGGUAAUAUAAUUUUGUGUGUGCGUACUAAGUCAAAGCAAACCGUGAUUUUGAUGCACUGAUUAAUUUGAAAUCUGUCAGGAAUUCAAAUUUUACGUCAAUUUGCAAAUCAUUCGACACUUGUUAACAAAAUCACGCUUAUAAAUUUAGACAUGAGCGAUGCUGUUAAUACUAGCAAUAAAUCCAUCAUUUAGUAGUUAUUAUUGUUGUUACAGAUUUACUUAGGAUUAGUUGGUAAAUUGCUGUCAAUUAUUUACUAACUUGACGAGAUUACGAGUUACAGAACUCGUAAUCUCGUCAUCUUUCGUAAUAUGUGACUUGUAAGAGAAUGCGAGAUUAGAAAUCUUACUUGCAUAAAGUACUUUAACUGUAAUCCGUAUUUCUCUUAUCCAGUGAUAAAUAAGAUGUAUAUAUCGGAGAAAUAAAAUGGUUUUUCCACGCGAACAGUAAAUAAAGUACAUACCUAUGCAGUCAA